AUGUCAUCUAGUGAAACUCAGUCUUUGAUUUCUCUUUCUCUAACAAAUGUAGAAUUUGAUUCAUCCGAUCCUAUUGCUUAUGCUUUUGCAUAUAUAACCUUAUCUCCUUUAGUUAUUUUGGUAGUAUAUCCUACUAUAAUUGUCGCUCGAAGGGAGGUGGCUUCAAUCAAUAUGUUUAUUGGCCAAUUCUCUUGCGAAAUUUUGAACGCCGUGUUAAAGAGAUGGUUAAAGGAGAAAAGGCCCACUGAUAAACUUGGGGAUGGAUAUGGAAUGCCCUCUUCACAUGCCCAAUUCAUUGCUUAUUUUACAACCUUUUCGAUUUUAUACUUGUAUAUUAGGAUUACUUUCGAUCAAAAUUUAUGGAAAUUUCCGAUAGCUUUUAGCUUGAUAAUAUUAUCUAUUACUGUUUCUUAUUCUAGAAUAUAUCUUGAUUACCAUACAUCAAAACAAGUUUUAGUCGGCAACAUUUUUGGCGUUGGUUUUGCUUUGAUAUGGUUCAUCAUAACAGAAAGUAUUUUACGCUCUUUCGGCGUGUUCAAAUUAAUUGUUGAAUCUCCUCUUGCAAAAUUCUUUUACUUGCGAGACAGUUCAUAUGUUCCGAACAUUAUAAAAGUUGAAUAUAUGAAUUGGGUUGCUCUAUCGUCUAAACAGAAAAAAACAUGA